AUCUUGUAUUUUGCUAAAGCAAUCAAAUCGAGCAGUUGACCAAUUGUGAUUUUUGUUAAAAUAAAUGGAAAGAACUUAUUUGUGUUAAAACAAUUUGAUAUUUUCUCAUGUAUAAUCGGUUUGAAUAUUCUUAAUCAAUUGCUUUAUGUCACUUUGACACUUGUGCUUUGUGACUUGUGUUAUUAUUUUUAUCGUUUACACUGAAAUUAUUUAAUUACACUAUUCUACGGUCGUUGUUAUAUUACAAGUUCCAUUGAGUUAUUUAAAUAAAUUGCAGUGUAUUUUAUUACACGUUCAUAGGAUCAAAACAUGAGAGUGGAUAAUUGAUUACAACAUGGAAGCUGAUACGAAACCUAUGCCUCAAGAUAGUACAACAAAAAGAAGUCCCUUUGAUAAUUUGAGUAGGGAUGAAUUGAUUAUAAAAUGCAAAGGCUUACUUACUAUUGCACAAAAGGCUAAACAAGCCAAAACAGAAUUACAAAGUGAAAUAGAAAGUUAUAAAAUACAACUUGGUAAAAUUGAAACAGAGAAAAAGUUGAGCUUAGAUAAUUUACAAACCUUACAAGAACUUGUGGACUCAUUAACUGAACAAAAAUUAAAUUACAUAACAGAAGUUGAUAAUGCGCAGGGCAAAAUAAAAGCCCUCAGCAGUAAGUGUAAAGAUUAUGAGGUGGAAAUUAAUAAAUACAAAGCAGAUUUAAUAAUUAAAGAUCAAAGUUUAACUGACAAUACACAGAAAUUAUCUGAUCUAGACAGUGAAAUUAUUUCUUUAAAAAGACAAAAUGGCAGACUCUUGGAAGAAAAUGAACAACUUAUUACUCAGCUCUCCGAGUUGGAAACUCAAACUGAGCAAUUCAAAAACAUAGGAUUAGAGCAAAGAAAACAACUAGAAAUGUUAGAAGAUAGAGUACAGACAGACGAAGCAAGUAAAGCACAAAUUGAAAACCUUACUAAAAAGAUUGAAGAAUUAGAAAAUCAACUUCAAUCAAAUCUACAUAAUAAUGAGGAUUUUGAUGUUGCUAAAUUUGAAAAUAAAGUGAAAGAAUUGACAAACUUGUAUGAAUCAGAGAAAAGUAAAAAUGAAAAGGCAAAUAUAAAAUUACGUAGUUAUAAAGAUAAAAUUUUGAAAUGUGCAGCUUGUAUUAAUCAACUUAAAAAUUCAAGAUUUAUAUUAAUGAAAACUAUAAAAGAUUAUUCUGAAAAUAUACCAAAAUGGCAAAAUGAUAUCAUUAAAGCUUCAAAAAUGUUAGAAAAUGAGAUUAAUCAGCUAAAUAAUGAAAAUAUGUCUUUAAAGGCAAAGUUACACAAUUUAGAACUUCAGUUAAGUAACAUUACUGAGGUUCAAAAUAUUAAUGAGAAAGAAACAGAUGAGCAGAAUCAUCUGUUUCACACUGAAAAUGAAACUUUAAAAGAAAAAGUGAAUGAGUUACAAAAUCUUUUACAAUCAGAAACUGAAAACAGUGAAAUGUAUCAGACUCAAAUAUUAUCAUUAAAAAAUAAUUGUGAGCUGUUACAAUCUCAAUUGAUUGAAAUACAGGAACAGGUAUCAUCAUAUGAUAUUGAAAACACAACACUCAGACAAGAUUUAGAAUGUAUAACUGCUAAGUAUAAUGAUCUGAAUGAAAAACUUCCUACUCAAGUUGAAAUAAACCAACAGUUAACAAUUAAUAUUAAUGAAGUGAAAACAAAGUAUAAUACUCUAAAAGAGAAAAAUAAUGAACUUGCUAAUGCAAUCGACAAAUUAAAACUUGAUAAUGAUAGUUUAACUAAGUCUAUUCAAACAAAUUCUUCUAAUAAUGAUCUUCUAGAAAAUUUGAAUUUCCAAAUUAAAGCAUUGGAAAGUGAAAAAGCAACAUUAGUGAAAGAAAAACUUAAUGCUAGAGAUAAUGUUAUAGAUUUAGAAAAUCGAAACAAAUCUUUAUUAGAUCAAAAUAAUAAGCUAAAAACAGAAAUUUUAACAAUAAAGUCUCAACUUGAUACAAUAACAAUAGAGAAAAAUGUAAUAGAGAAAAGACUGAUGGCGGAAAAGGAAAAUGAACUAAGCAGUUUGAAACGUGAAAUGAAAGCAUUACAGGAAGAAUAUGACUCACUUAAAAAAAUGCAUGAAAACAUGCAAGAUUUGAAUGGUUUACUUAGAGAAGAAGUUGAAACCCUCAAACUUUCUUUAGAACAACCAAGACCAGACGAUUGUGAAAAUACAUCUGAUUUGAAUGUAUCAUUACAAGCUGAUAUAGUUAAGUUGGAAACAAAGUUAUCAGCAUAUAAACAAGAAAAUGCUUCUCUUCUUGCAGAAAUCAAAGAAUCUCGUUCCAAAACGAAAGAAUAUGAUAAUAUUACAGCUGAAUAUGAGGAUGCGAAGUCGAAACUUAUGGGGUACAAAACCGAAAAUACAGAAUUGUUGAAUGAAAUGAAAGAAAUUAAUCAAGUACUUAAAGAACGAGGCGAAGCAAUAUCAAAAUUACAGAAGGCCAUUGCAGAAAUGGAAAGGCUUGUAGAAACCUUGGAGAAAGAUAGAGAUAAUAUUAACGAAGAGAAAGCUAAUUUGCAAUCUAAAGUUACUGAAUUAGAAAAUGAUUUAAAGAAUACGAAAGAAAAUUCAAACCAUAAACACCAAGACUUUGAACAGAUUUCUUUAGAAAAAGAAGCAGCCUUAAAAGCUUUAUCAGAGAAGGAUGUUAUUAUCAACUCUUUGAAGGAUGAGAUUGAAAAAUUGAAACAACAGCAACCAUCUUCUGAUUUACCAAAUGAAGAUAUGUCUACAUCGACAAUUUCGAAGACAGAAGAGCAAUCGCGGAUGAAAGACUUAGAUGACUCCUUUGAAGAAAAAUACACAAAAUUACGAAUCUUUGCUUUAAAGUUGAAGAAAAAAUUAAAUGAUACUAUCAUUCAGUUGCAAAAUGCUGAACAAGAUAAGGCUAAACUUGAAAAAUUACUGAAUCAAAAUGAAAAAGUGCAAAUACCUGAAAGUAAAGAUGAAACUGAUAAUGCUAGUGUGUUAAAUCUACAAACAAAACUGACUGAAUCUGUUGCAGCUUCCGAAAAGAUUGAAGCAGAAGUACAGAAACUAAAAGCGGAAUUGGAAGCAAAGUCUCAACAAUUAACUGCGGAAAUUGAUGCUCACAAAAUUACUAAAGAAAAUUUGGAGAAAGCUCGUCGUGAUGCCAAAAAGAAAAAUGUACUCAGUCUUGAAAUGGAGGAUUAUGAAAGAUCUAUGAAGGAAUUAACGACUAAAAUGGAAGAAAAGAAAAGAAAGAUGGUACAGAUGGAAUCCAUAAUUGACACUCAAGAAGGAACAAUAACUGCAAUGAAAACUCAAAUAAAAUUACUUGAAGAACAGAUACGAUCGGAAGAAACUCAAAAUAGAUUAACUAAAGAAGAGUUACAAAAUAUUAUAGAAGAGAGUAGAGAGAAGGACAGUACUAUUCAAAUAAAAAAUGAAGUCAUAUCUAAAUUAGAACAGGACUUCGAAGAUGAAAAAAGAAAGAAUGAGGAAGCUAUUUUCGAAAUCACUCGAGUUUUGAGUGAAAAAGAAACACUGAUCAUUACAUUAGGACAGGAAAAGAUUGAAUUGAAUAACAAACUAAAAAAACUUGAAUACAAAUGUGCAGAAUUAAGUGAAAAUCUAAAAAUAACAAACAUAGAGCUUGCUGAUUUGAAAACAGAGUAUACUAGCUAUAAGGUGAGGGCGCAAGCUGUGCUAAGGCAGAAUCAAACAGUUGAUCAUAGCCAAGAGGAACGUUUAAAAGAGGAAGCUGCUGCUCUUCGAACGCAAAUAGCGACGUUAACAGCAAAACUAGCAACAGUACAGUAAGUUCAGUAGUGAGAACUUUCGUCAACGGAUUUGUUUAAUUUUAAAUGACAUGGCCGGAAUUUGUAUAGAGCUGUGUGUGUGAGCAAAACAA